CGACGGUCACCAACAAUUCAAAAAAUAAUCGUCCCCCUGAUGGCAUAAUUCCUUCCACCGGGAAAUUAUAUGCCGUCUCCCCACACACACUAAAUUUAGCCGUCCCUUUCCCCUCCUUUCCUCCUCCGCCAUUGCAGAGACUCUCUCCAACAAACGACGAACAGCUUCCAAUUUCUCCCUUCCUUUUCCUCCGUCUAAUUUCUCCCCUAAUUCCACAUCCCGCCGGCUGAGUCGAAUUCUCCUCUUCCCGGCGGCGGGAACGGGGAAAGUCUUUUGAGCGGCGGAUCCGUUAAUUUGACCGGUGGUUGGCUUGAUUGGAGGUUGGGGCGAGGGAGAAAGAAUGGUGAUGAAAGUUGCUACGCCGCGAAAGGCGUCGAUAGCGGAGGUGAUGCAGCGCGUGUACGGGAAUUUCGGUUCCGGGAGCGACCAUAACCGGAGCAGGAACCGGCACCAGCCGAAGUAUUUCCUUGACGAGAUGGACAAUGAUUUCGAGGAGGGAGAAGGAACGAUGGAGCUGGCUCAGAUUGGGGCGGAGCGGACGAAGACGGUGUUGAUUCUCAUGAGCGACACCGGCGGCGGCCACCGGGCUUCCGCCGAGGCCAUCCGCGACGCCUUUAAGAUCGAGUACGGCGACGACUACCGGAUAAUUGUGAAGGAUGUAUGGAAGGAGUACACAGGGUGGCCAUUGAAUGACAUGGAGAGGCAGUACAAGUUCAUGGUGAAGCAUGUGCAGCUAUGGAAGGUGGCAUUUCACACUACAUGUCCUAAAUGGAUCCACAGCAGCUACCUUGCCGCCAUUGCUGCCUACUAUGCCAAGGAGGUGGAGGCUGGUUUAAUGGAGUACAAGCCUAACAUUAUCAUCAGUGUCCAUCCAAUGAUGCAGCAUAUUCCUCUGUGGGUUCUGAAAUGGCAAGGGCUGCAGAAGAAAGUUGUUUUCGUUACAGUUAUUACCGACCUCAAUAGUUGCCAUCCUACAUGGUUUCAUCCUGGAGUCGACAGAUGUUAUUGUCCAUCAAAGGAAUUGGCGAAGAGGGCUGCAAUGGAUGGUUUGGAAGAGUCUCAAAUCCAGGUUUUCGGCUUGCCAAUCCGGCCUUCUUUUGCCCGUGCAGUUUUCACCAAGGAGGAAUUAAGGGAAGAACUUGAAAUGGAUCCUGAUCUUCCAGCCGUUUUGCUGAUGGGUGGUGGUGAAGGUAUGGGACCUGUCAAGAAAACUGCACUAGCUUUGGGAGAAUCACUGUAUGAUAAAGAACUUGGCAAACCGAUUGGCCAAUUGGUUAUCAUAUGUGGGCGUAAUGAGGUUCUCAGAUCUACAUUGCAAUCCGCAGAUUGGAACAUCCCAGUCAAGGUUAGAGGAUUUGAAACUAAGAUGGAAAGAUGGAUGGGAGCUUGUGACUGCAUAAUUACCAAGGCUGGACCCGGGACGAUUGCAGAGGCAUUGAUUCGAGGGCUUCCUAUUAUUCUCAACGACUACAUUCCUGGACAAGAGAAGGGCAAUGUGCCUUACGUAGUUGAUAACGGUGCAGGCGUCUUCACCAGAAGUCCUAAAGAAACAUCGAGGAUGGUGGCCGAAUGGUUCACAACCAACACCGACGGACUGAAAAGAAUGUCGGAGAACGCGAUGAAGCUAGCACAGCCAGAGGCUGUCUUCGACAUAGUGAAGGACAUCCACCAGCUCUCUCAAGAACGCGGCCCUCUAGCCAACAUGCCCUACGUAUUGACAUCUUCAUUCACAAGCCUCGUAUGAUCAUAAUAAUCUUUCUUCAUCAGGAUCGGAUCCAAAGGUGUGCCUUCUCGCUCCCCCCCUGCUCGAAAUAUGCAGUGUGUAUAGGUACUGGUAGUCUUCUAACUCAAAUUAUGAACCGCGCCAUUCUUUGUCCUUGGAUGGUAAACACCGAAACAUGGUGUCUGAAAAGAAAAGGAAAAAAAUAUGUGUACCAAAAUGGGAAAAGAAAGGAAGGAGUUUCUUGGCGAGGAAGUAAUAGAGGGAAAAAGGGUUUGAUUGUUGUUGGCCAAUAAUUUUUUUUUGGUUCUCCAUUGUUGGAACAGGGGUUUCUUCUUGAGGUUUUCUUAGAGUGCUCGCAUAGUACAAAAUCCAUUUUCAGCUGAUCUCAUUUUCUUGGAUUCUCAGCCUCCCUGUAAUAUUUUCUAUAUUAGUUUGUAUAUAUUUGCUUGUCUAGGACUCAUAGUUUAUUUUUCUACUUUAUUCAUAUAUAUAGCUCCAAAAGGUAAGAAGAAGCAAAGAAUCAACCCAAACAAGUUGCUUCUUUUCCCUAAAUUAAUCCACCUAUGGAGUGGAAGGAACUAUUAAUUGUUAACAUAAUGUGUGAAGUGUGAAGAAUGAGAUUAUGGUUAAGGACUGGAAAUACAGUUGAUGACAUAACAUGUGGUAACUUGCAAGAAAAGAAUGGGGUGUUUGUCUAAAUUGUGCAUGUCAAGCUGGCUUGUUGUUGUGGUUUGGUGGAUGGUUAAGGGUCAGCAUGGGCACCCUCUCGUGUCGACCUCCAAGCAUGAUAUCAUUCAAUGGGGGUCAGUAUCGAUAAACAAGACACUCCUUCGGCUCUUAGAUGUCUAGCAUGGUUGGUCGGGGAAACAAAACUACAUGCCAUCAACCCUGUACGGGUCCAACUUGAUCAUGGUACUUACAAAGGUCGUAAUCUUCGCAGAAAUCAGGGAUGUCAAGUUACAUUAUACAUCAAAACAAUUACAUGUGAUGGUUAUAAAUAGGAGAAAUAAAGGAAAUAGAAAGGCUCGCAAAAUCAAUAUUUCUCAACAUGUCAGUUUAUCAUUUUCUUUGCAAAUUAGUCAUAGAACCUUCUUGGACCUUCUUAGAACCUUGAUUUUUGGAUGAUACAAUGAGAGAGUAACGGGAAUAACUCCUAACUGGUCACAAUCUGACCAAGCCAAAAUUAUCUUUGAGGGACCUGAAAAAGAAAAAUGAAAAAGGUUUUAAGAAAUUAACCUUGGUUUU